AUGGCCACGCGGAACCGGACGCCGCUCUACCGCAAGUACCGCGACGCGUUGCGGCACGUCCGCGCGCCGGCGCCGUCCGGCGGGGGAGGGGGAGGGCCGGUGAUCGAGAUGGCCUCGCUGCUGCGCUCCGACCGCCCCUACGCUCCCCUCAUCACUGACGACCCCUCCGCCUCCAGUAGAGGUGCUGUGACAGUCGGGCUACCCCCAGCCUGGGUGGAUGUUUCCGAAGAGAUAUCUGCAAACAUGCAGCGGGCAAGGACGAAAAUGGUGGAGUUGGCUAAGGCACAUACCAAAGCCUUGAUGCCAUCCUUUGGCGAUGGCAGGGACGAUCAGCGAGCAAUCGAGGUUCUCACAUAUGAGAUAACGGACUUGCUGAAGAGGUCCGAGAAGAGGCUGCAGAAGCUGUCCAUGAAAGAUUCAUCAGAGGAUUCAAAUGUCCAAAAGAAUGUCCAGGGUCAGGACGGUGUUGAUUUGGAAAUGAAUAUAAAUGGGACGAAGUCUACAUUUGAAGACGAUGAGUUUGAGGAUGUGGGUUUCACUAGGGUUCAGAUGUCAAAACUUAAGAAAAGCCAAGCAUUCACUAGAGAAAGGGAGAGAGAAAUUGAGCAGGUUAUUGAAUCAGUCAACGAACUUGCACAGAUUUUUUUUUUGGAAUAA